AUGAAUCCUGCUCAGCCAGCUCUCUCCGCUGAUGAUGAUUUCGAGAUCAUUGAUAGCCAAAUCCCAAUACGUCCGCGUCUUAGUACCAGCACUACUAUUGCGGAAGCACCAAACCCAGAUGAAGUUGGAGUCCAGUUGCAUCCUCUCUUGGAUAAGAACUCCUUGAUACUUUCUAUCCAUCCUCCGCUCCACCCUGAGAAAGAUAUCUGUCAUGUUCCAUGUGACAUUGUCCUUUGCAUUGACGUAUCCGGGAGCAUGCAACUGAGCGCUCCUCUCCCUACAACUAAUGAAUCUGGUAAACGCGAAGAAACCGGGUUGAGCGUUUUGGACUUGACCAAGCAUGCUGCCAGGACUAUAAUUGAAACCCUGAACGAAAAUGACCGCCUAGGCGUUGUGACUUUUUCAAACGAUGCUGAGGUCGCGUAUAAGAUAUCACAUAUGGAUGAUACUAACAAGAAAGCAGCUCUGGAAGCAGUGGAAGCAUUACAGCCAUUGGCUUCGACUAACCUGUGGCAUGGGCUGAAAUUGGGCCUCAAUGUGCUUGGAGAAGUGGAUCUUCGACCCCGGAAUGUCCAAGCCCUUUAUGUUCUAACUGACGGACAACCGAACCACAUGUGCCCGACACAAGGGUAUGUUCCGAAAUUACGUCCCAUUCUGGAGCGGCAAAAGGACCGCUUGCCAUUGAUACAUACAUUUGGAUUUGGCUACGACAUUCGAUCAGGCUUGUUGCAGUCAAUUGCGGAAGUCGGAGGUGGAACUUACUCAUUCAUUCCUGAUGCGGGAAUGAUCGGUACUGUCUUCGUUCAUGCUAUUGCAAAUCUGUACACGACUUUUGCUACCCAAGCAAGGGUUCUGCUGCGCACGUCCGGUUCGGCAGAACUGGUGCAGGAUGAAGGUAGCAAAACAGGCCUUCUGCUAGACGAGAUGUCGGCAAAGGACGGUGAUAUAAUAGUAACUGUUGGAAAUCUACAAUAUGGCCAGUCGCGUGAUCUAGUUCUUCGGAUCAAAAACGUAACAGGAAAGGCACCCGCAGCACAGGCCACGUUGACGUAUAACUUCCAAGGCUCCGUCAAAUCGGUCACGUCCAACGAGCAGCUGCUCUCUCAAUACAACUCUCUUCCCGCCCAUGUUUCCAGUUACCAUUUGUCUCGUGCUCGUAUCUGCGCAUUUUUAAGGAGCAUCUACCUUCUCCGACAAGAUUACGAGUAUAUGUAUCUUGAUGCGGACGGCCUUGCAAAGGCGAGAGCAGAGUUGGACAUUGUUAUCAAGGAGACUAAAAAACUUGGAUAUACUGACACAGCGAACGCAAGUCUUGGAAGAGAUCUUGCAGGGGAGGAUCCGGAAGGUCAGAUUAGCCUGGCCAUCUCCGAGAGAAGCCACUAUGAGAAAUGGGGCAAGCAUUAUUUGCUGUCCCUUCUCAAUGCCCAUACUCGUCAAAUAUGCAACAGCUUCAAAGACCCAGGUCCUCUCGAAUACGGCAAGGACUCUCCAUUUUUCUGUCGUUGCCGCCAGGAGCUAGACGAAUUUUUUGAUAAUCUUCCUGCACCAAAGCCGUCAAUCGUUCGGAGGAGAGCUGAUGGCACUGUCAAAGCUUAUCCGGUUUAUUCGAUGUCGCGGUAUAAUACCAGGAAUAAUCCGUGUUUUGCCGGGCAUUGCCGGAUCCGCCUUCCUGAGGCGAAUAGUAGUCUACCUAUUCGGGAUCUUCGUCCAGGAACCAAAGUCUGGACUCCAGUUGGUCCUCGGCGUGUUAGAGCUGUUGUAGCCACAACCGUCAAGAACAUGACCCUUUGCAAAAUCGGUCCUUUGCUCAUUACACCCUGGCAUCCAAUGCAAGUAGAAAGGGGUUGGGUCUUUCCAUCAAGCGUGUCGAAUCACAACACCCCUUUCACAGGAACAGUCUAUUCUGUGCUUCUUGACCCUAGCCCAAAUUCAGAUGCCCAUGCAAUCAUGGUUGGGAACCAUGUCUGCGUCUCCCUUGGCCAUGGCGUCCUGUCUGGAAGCGAUGUCCGUGCACAUGCUUUCUUUGGCAGUUACUCAAACGUUGUCCGAAGCCUCGCAUCGCUUCCCCGAGACACUAAUGGACGUUUAAGAUGUUCUGGGAUGAAAAGAAAUUCAUUAACGGGGUUGGCUUGUGGAUUCAUUGGUCAGGGAGGACUUGGAACGGCUGCGAGAAAAGUUGACUCUAAGAAAAUGCUUAAAAGAAUGCUUCGUCGUCGCGUUCACGCCUCGUCUGCGAUUUCUGGUCAACGAUCUGCCCUUAUAGUAGCUUUUUAA